GUAAGUUUCAUUUGGCGGAUUUCUAGAGCGUCAAGCUCUGACAGACGUACAUCAGCAUGUCGUUCAAUCAAGCGAGUCCGUCAUCCAAACACUUUUCUUGUAUCAAUAUCUUUCCGACAUGUCGUUAUUACUGUUCAUCAGCCGUUCCUUCUUUCACCUACACUGCGUGAAUUUGAGGGAAUGGCACCCCGGCCGUAGUCUUCGGUUUUUUGUUGGUCUGUUGAUCUUCAAUUUUGGCCAUGCUCUCUUGAGGCAUUCAUGGGGAAAGCUGAGCAAGACCUUUAUUCUCGAUUUCGUCGGCCACUCUUCUCGCGCAUCUCGCUUUCACUUCCUACUGCUCGACCUUCUUAUAUUAGUCCUGCAAGUUAUUACCGUUUAUCUCACAUGGGAAACGGGACAUCGGGAUUUGCAAGUGCCCGAUCCUCUGGAAUCCAGUGAGUUCGUCGAGGACGCCGAAGACUUCUUGGAUCUAGAGGCGGCUGAGAUCCCGAAGAUCAAGCAUCCAGCACUCCGGCCUGUUUUCACCCUCCGCUAUAGGCAUUGCUGGCAGAGGCUAUGGGAGCCACACAAUAACACGUUUGUUGUCACAUCCGGUUCAAAUGCAGAGACAACAUAAGUAGCGCCAUGUUCUCUUCAUGUAUUGUAAUAUAGUCAUCUAAUUAUCAAG